UAUUUCUCUUAAUCGUUAAGAAAUUGGAAGUAAUUUUUUUUAUUUAAUGAAACUGGAUGGAGCUACUGCAGCGAUGCUUAUUGAAACCACAGCCAUGAUCGAGACCGAAAUGAAACUGAACCAUAGAUGCAGAAUUCUAUUCAACCGUAAAAUUGUGUUUUGAAGAAAGUUUUAAAAGCAAAGCUGCUUUCAUUUCAGCAGUAUCUGUUUCUUAUUUCCUAUUGGUAGAACCAGCAAUGAUUUUUUUUUUGUGCUUACACAGAAACGAAAAUGGUGGCUACGAUGUGUUUGUUUUUGUUACGUGUUGCAUUGAAUUAUUCUCAAGGAAGUGUUCCCGCAGAUACCAAUUACUUUUUCUGCGGUGUAGGGCUAGGUAGAUAAUGUAAAGCUUUUGCUAAUCUCUGGACAAGACCUCUCGGUACUUAAAUAAUGUGGACGCUGGACGAUGAGAGAAAAAAAAACUCAGUGUAGGCCUAUAUGUGGUGAAAGUGAAAGGUGUUAUUUGGGCUAUUUGUUUGUGCGUUGGUAAUAAAUAAUCGUGAAAUGUGGACGUACACAUUGCAGGUAAAUUAUAGUUUUCUGUUUACUAGUUCAGGAAUAACUUGUUUAAUUUUUCAUAACAAAGUGAUUUUGUUAACCUAGAAGUAAUAACAUCUUGAGUAGGUACAGGCAAAUAGUAUUUACUUUUUUUUAGGGGGUAAAUCUGAAUGCAUUGUAGUAAAAACCCUUCCUUUAUCAUAUAAGCACAUCUACGACACAAUUUAAAUACGAUAAAUAUUUACAUGGCUAUCCACAGUUGCGUAAAAGUGUCAAGGUCUUGAUUGAACAUUUGGAAUAAACAUAUUCGGUAAUUAUCAUGACUAGUCCGUCUUCCUUAAAAAAAAAUUUAAAAAUUGACAAUACUUUCAUUUUGUGCUAAAAAAAUUACUCUUUUUAACACAACUUGCGGAAAAGUGACAAGGGCUAAUUAAUCGGCUCUGUUGGUAUUGUUUGGCUCAACGGGGCGGUCCCAUAAAAUUAUUGUUUUGGCGUUUUUAGCAAGUAGGUAUACCUUCCAGACUCUGGCGUUAAGAAAGGAGGGUUAAAAAAAUUGUUUGGAAAUAAAACUAAGUGUAAUUUAGUAAAUUUUUCUAUAAUGGGAUGGUUUUUGAAUUGGUGUAUAUUUUAUAUAGUUUUGGGGUAAGGAACCCAAUAUAUGGUAAAUAUGUAGUUGAGCGGUAUUUGCGAAAAAAAAAUGUUAAAAAUCCAAAAAUACCUUUAUUAGACGCUCUUCAACUUCCUCUUUUCAUUAAAAGCGGCGGAGGUAAGAAAUUCCAAAUACUUUAGGAGAUAUCAAAUUUUUAAAUUUCAUCAUAUGUAGUUGAGCGGUAUUUGCGAAAAAAAAUGUUAAAAGUCCGAAAAUACCUUUAUUAGAUGCUCUUCAACUUCCUCUUUUCAUUAAAAGCGGCGGAGAUAAGAAAUUCCAAAUUUGAGGGGGGAAAAAGGCAUGCAGUAGGAAUAAAAAUGUAAAUUUUCUCGUUUGUGAUGACCUGACAGAUUUUGAAACACAUCCUUCAACAACUAAGUUAAACAACCCUGUUAUUGCACAUGUACAGGGCCUCAUGGUAGUUUGAGAAAAAAUAAAUAAAAUAAUUAUUUUUGGUAUAUAUGGCAAUUGUUUGCAUACAGCAGAAAUACACUACGGAAUCUCCGCUGUCAUAAUUGAUAGGGCACAAAUUUGUUUGAUAUGAAUGGGUGUUCGCUAGAUAGCCUAAAAACAUGUUGCUUAACGAUUUGAAUACAAGUUUUGCAUGAAAAUAUUAUUGUUUGUGGGUUUUAUAACAAGUUGCACACACCUAGAACAGACCAUAGUGUGUGCCUCACACACUUUGCAAAAUAAAAUAUUGUUUUUUUAAGAGAACUCAUUAAUUUUUAACUUCAAAAUCUUACUAAAUUGAGAACUAACAUAGGGGAUAUUUUGUUAAAAAUUGGAUUUGACAUUUUCUCAACUGUGUGUUCUUUAUUGGAUGCUACAUUUGCGACUUAGGCUGUCGUUACAGCGUUUAGACAAAGAAAGAGUGAUGUGCAGAUGUCACUUUAAAAACGUAUCAGGUAAAAAAUGAUGGGAGAUAUUUUGUUUAGAAUUAUAUUUCCAACAUUUUCUGUAAGAGUGUAUUUUUUUUUCUGCUAGAUAUAAAGAAUAUUUGUUAAUGGGGGUUUUUACUGUAAAAUACAUAUAUGUAGUUAUUAAUUUUUUUAUCCCCUCCCCAAAGAAAUAUACUAUUAUCCAAAAAUUUCUACUAUUCAAAAUAGCACAAGACCAGACAGUUUCAGAUAUAGAGGCUACACAACUAGAUUUGAACCUAGAGUGAACACUGUAUGAAGCUGGUGCUUACAAAGAAGAUAAAUUAAUCCUUUAUGUGUUGUAGGAGUGCUUCGGCUCAGAAUAAGGGAGAUGAACACGAGUUCCUAAACUGAGGGUGGACAGUUUGCUGAUUGUGCUAUGUUAAAUAAAAAUUGAGUGCUUACAUUGUUAAACCAUGCAUAUUUUUUCUUCAACAUUUUCCUCCCCCUUUUUCCCCUCUUUUGGCAUGAAAGAAGAAAUUUGUAUAGUAAAUAUUAGUGGAGAGUGUGUUCAGUCACAUAUGUAAUUGUAUUGACAGGGAGAUUGCCUAAGCAUAUCUCAUGUAGAUUUUUUUAAUUCUGGUACUUCGCCGAUUACUUAUUUUGAGUUUCAUAUCAGCAGAAUACAAUGACAGUCCAUGUACAGUGGUGCUUGAUGUGCUCUACCAACAUUUGAAAAAUAUUAUAAAUAUGUCCCUUUUGCAAUAGGGUUGUAAUAUUUUAGCUGAAUUGCAGUAACCUUUUGUUAAUAUUUCAUAAAAAUUUUGCAAAAUUUGUUUUGCAAGUUAAAAUUUUUUGCAUAAAUGUUAAAUUUGCAACAGGUGUGUUCAAAAUAUCGCAGCAACCAAUUAUUCAUAUUUAUUCCAUAUACUUUAAAUAUUGCAGCAAUGUUUCAUUUGCAACAGGCUUGCUCAAAAUCUUGCAGCAUUCAUUUCUUAAUAUUUAUUUCAUGUACAUAUGUAAUUGCAGAAAUGUUUCAUUUGCAACAGUAGUGUUCAAAAUCUUGCACCAAUAUUGCUGGAACCUUUUAUUAAUAUUUAUUUAAUGUUUUUAAAAUAUUUUGUUUUGCUAUCGUAAUCAUUUUUUGUACAUUUUAUAUAUGUUUUUACAUUAUAUUUUUAAAAUGUUUUGAAAUGUUGCAACAAUGUUUUAUUUGCAAUGGGUUUGUGCUACUCAUAACAUUGCUGCAAUGUUUCUGCAUAUUUUAAAUACAUUUUAAAAUCAUUUUUGUAAUAUUUAAAAAAAUAUUUUUUAAAUAUAUCCUUGCUGGUUGGGUAGGUUAGCCAGAACUUUAACUGCAAGGUAGACGUUAACAGGGAGUCAUAAAACCGAAAUAAGAGCUAGCUUGCGGUUAAAUUUUAGCCGGAACUUUAGCCGGAGGUCAUAAAACCGGCCCUAAAUGCUUCAUGUCUUUAAACCAAAAAUAAACAAACUAUUAAUCAACUCAUAGGAAAGGUAUUUGGAGAGCUAAAAUCAAUUAUUGAAAGCAAUAUGGCCACCACAAACAAGAAAAUGCACAGAAGGUACAGCACAUUUGAUCAAGUGCCAAUCCACAAAUGAGCACCUAAACAACACUUAGUUUAAACAGGUGCAUCAUAUUCACACAAAACACAAGUCCAACAGAUACUACACAAAAAUCUCAAAGUUAUUUGCAUCAUUAUCAAACAUUUAAACUCUACUGGCCAUUACACCUUGCCUGCUGCCAAUCUCUCUCUCUCUCUCUCUCUCUCUCUCUCUCUCUCUCUCUCUAAUGCCUCAUGAUGAUGUUGGUGAUGGUCCUGCUGCUCCAUGCCUAACUCAUUUUUUUUCCUAACCUAACUUAAACUAAGUGUGUUUGGGAGGGGUCCGGGUUAGGGAGGGACCUAAGUGCGUCCAGGCCGAAGCCUAUCACGCCUUAGUCAUGCUGGGAUUAGCCAUGCAGGGAAAGGGUUGCAUGCAUCAUGUGCUAGGAGGGGAUUGGCCAGCCAUGGCAGCGAUUGUUGCCAUGACUCCCCUCACUCUUAUCUCUAGUCUAAACUACUAGUUAAGUUGGGGCAAGGUAAAACCUGCAUAGACACAGGGAAAACCCUGGGCACUUUCAUGUGGGAUGCAAGUUUGCAUGCAUUAAAUGUAGGAAAGUACAGGAGACAGAGGAUGGUCUGGAUGAAGAGUUGGCCAGAGUAGAAAGAUUCUACCAUGCAGGGGUUGGGCACUUGGACUUUAGGUCCGCUUUGAUGUCUUCUCCGGGACUGGUAUUUGAUGGCCAGGGAUGCAAGCGCCUCUGGUGGUGAGUGUAAUAACAAACCACUCACAUCCGCUCCAGAUAGCAGCACCUAUAAAGGCCCUGUCACACUGUCAAAUAUAUUGUAUCCAAUAAACUGGACAACAAAAUUUGAAGGGUGAUUUUGGAUGAAAUACGUCUUCAAAUAUAUUGUAUUCAAUAUUAUUUGACGAGCAAAGUAAAAUAUAUUUGAAGUCAUUUCACACUAUCAAUUUUCUUUGAGUGAGCUCGUUUUACCAAACAUUCUGUAGAGAACUGUAAAUGACAGUAUUUAGAAUCAAAAACAAAUUUUGGGUCAAGGAACGCGGGCUUUUUUAAGUAGGUUAUAUUCCAAUUUAGGUAUAUUGUGAUCAUACACAGUUUAAAAUUUACGUUUUCCAGGUGUUUGCAAUGCCUGCAUUAAGAGCAUCAAAGUGUUUUAAAAGCUGUAGCUGUAAUUGUAAUUGUAGCAAGUCUCAGUAAACUAGAAGAGAAAUCUAAGAAAAGGAAACGCAGAUGGUGGACGAGACAGUGGAUACUUUCCCGGCAAACAAAUGGUGUUUUACCCCUUUUUGUCAUGAACUUCGAUACGAAGAUGCCGAUUCAUUUCCGAACUAUGUAAUAAUGGAUUCUGAAAGUUUUGAUCUUCUUUCAAUUGUGGAGUCUCGCAUUGCAAAGAAGGAUACUCAUUUGUGCCAGUCUAUACCAGCAAAGCAGAGGCUGGCAGUUACAUUAAAAUUUUUGGCGACAGGGGAAUCAUUUAAGUCCCUUAUGUUCUCUACAAGUAUUCCACACAACACCAUCUCAAAAUUUUUACCUGAAAUUUGUAGUGCAAUUUAUAGUGCUCUUCAAAAACAAUAUUUAAAGGUAUGUUUAGUAAGAAUAAAGCAUAUAAUUAAAUGUAAAUCUGUAAGUAGGCAUAUCCCUUCUCAUUCCCGCUUAUUUUCUCACCCAACUAGCUGCUGUUGUAUGGACACUUUCACUUGUAUUUCAUCAAAAUUGUUCCUAUACUUUAAAGUGAAUGUGUUAAUUUUUGCUGUGUUUAGAAAUUGGCAAUUUUGUUUUAUUUUGAAUUAAGUGUAUUUACUGUUACAAACCUCAACCUGAGUCUUUAAGCUAACUUCACCUCAGUCACAUUAUCUCUUUAAAAUAAUUUUUUAACGAGAUAUUAGACCAGGUAUGCUUGUUUCGUACAGCCUGGGAAGUAUAGGCUUACUGACAAGGAUCUGCUACACAAAUAUUUACAUUCACGAAAAAUGGUAUUACUUUCAAAACUUAAAUAAUAAUAAUUGAACACGUAGGCAGAAUUUUAAUAUUUCUAGGCCUUUCUUGCAAAUCACCAGAGCUACUUGCUUACUCAGAGAUGCUACUUUAACACAAGUCAGUACCAUCUAUUGUCAGGAAAUUAUGAGUCUAUAUUCCAGAAAAUUCCAGACAAUACUUACAGAGUAGCAGCUAUUGUGAAAUAAGGAGAACAAUGACUUAUAAGAAAGAUUUUUGGGUAAGCCAAAAUAAUUUUAGUUACAUUAAGUCUCUGAAUUGAAAUAUUUUAAAAUUUAUUUUAGGUGUUAUUAAUUUGGAUUUGUAGGUAAAAGUUCCGAAAUGCAUAUCCUAGUUUUGAUACCUCAUUCCUGAUGGCACAUUUUGUACGCAAUGCUUGCUGUUUUAAUUUAGUGUAUCAACAAUACCUGAACAUAAGCAGAACUGGUAUAGCAGUCAAAUAAUGAUCGUAAGUUGAAUAUAAGAUGUUUUCUGGUUUAAGGACCAUAAUAUUCCAAAACUACAGUAACUUCUUUUAGUCAAAUAUAUUAACCUGCACUUCCGUACAUACAGAUUCAAUUGAAGGAAAAUAUACAAUAACAAUUACAUAUUCCAGCAGGAAAUAAAAUAGUAUUAAUUCAAUUACUGCAUUUAUUUCCCAUUCGCCAUUGCUGAUAUUUAAACUAUUACACUUCGGAAACGGAAACAAAAGCGGCCGCUUUAUUUUAGAUAACUCUGAUUGGCUGAUCCCAUCCAACAUCCAACAUAUUUUAGAACCAGUCCUAUACGUAAAAUAUUGGAAGGAAACUCUAGACAUUCAAUCUCUCAAAUAAACAUGGCUGCGAUAGUGACGUUUAACGUGACGUCACAACCCUCAAAGAUAUUGGAUCCAACAUAUUGGAAGGUGUUGGAAGCUAAAAUUUGACAGUGUGACAGGGCCAUAACUAAAAGAAAGAAAAUUAAUCAUCCUACAGACUAAACUUAUUUUAGUAAAUGCAUGUUGCGCAGGCUAACAUACCUUAACGGUACUUUAAUUAAGCAUAACUACAACUAUGUUUUUGGCUUUUGGUUUUUUAGAUUUUUUAAAUUUUUUAAUUUUUUUUUUUAAAUUUUUUUACUAUAUAUAUUAUAUAACAUAAUAUAUUCUAAUGUAAUUAAAUUAACGUCUAUUCACUAGUUAUAGUCGAAGAACUGUCGGUGUAUAGGUUUAAAGGCGAAUGAAGAAAGGGCAUUCAUAUUUUAUUAUUUUUAUUAAUUAAUUGAGGUUUUAUAUGCGUGCCACUUUCGAAAGACGCCGCCCAUUAGCAUACAGCAUGCCACUCGUAUCGGUAUCUUCAAAUCGAUCGGUGUAUAUUUGCACUGAAUGCCCAGGCAAGCGCCUCCAGUCAUGGAACGCAAUCUACAGUUAGUUGUUAAUUUAAUUUAAUUCGUCACCUCGCACUUUAGCAUGGCCAUGCCCAUAGAUGCAGUCAGCUUGCCACCCUAUUUAGCCGGUGUAUAAUUUUGCUGUUGGCAAGGCAGGCCCACCGCUGUACUAGGCUUUUCAUUGCUGAAUAAUUACAGCCUCCUUGUUUAUUUAGUAUUUAUAAGUUAAAUUAUUAUUGUUGAAAGUGUUACUCACGUAGGAAAUUUUCCAUGUAGGCAGGGCUGGGUUCAGUGGCGGAUCCAGGAUUUGGGUUUGGGAGGGGCUUGACCUAGCUGAGGCUAGGCUUUAUCAAGGCAAACACUAAAACAAUAGUGGACCCAGCAGCUUUUGGAGGGGGCUUGAGCCCCUUAGCCCCCCCUCUGGAUCCGCUACUGGCUGGGUUCCAUGCGCAUGAACCUGUGCGCGUGAUUGGCCAGUGGGCCGGCCAAUCACAGAGCAUCUAGGGCGGCCUGUGCGUCAGGAUUGAGAUAGGCAUUUUAUAUUUGCGAUAAAAUUCCGGGUCGCGGUCUCCGAGAGAGGAAAUAUACAUAUUUGCGCACAAGUGUCACUUAUCAUAAAAUUUCUGUGCAGUUCUGACAUAAUAAUCUUUCAAUAGUUCGAGUUUAAGCUCCCUGUGCAUAGCCCUGACGAACAGUACACAGGCGCAUCUGUCGCGAUACGAAUGCUCUUGUUCUGUAUUCGCUGCAGCUUUAUUAAAUGGCUUUCAGCCGCAGUUGCCCAGACUGGAUGCCUAACUGGUCAAAAACCCGGGCUUAUAUACCCAUUUCUCACCCCCCUUCCCACCUAUUGCCCCUCCAAAUCUCGGGAUUAAUAGAGAUUAUUUUCGAAUGUUCUAGAAGGAUCUUCAUACCAGUUCACAUAAUCGAUAAACAACCAAUUUCCGGGAUUUAUUCUUCUUCUUGCUAAAUCCGGAGUUGGUAACAAUGAAUUCGAUAUUGUGUAGGAAUGAAGUCUCCAAUUUGUCUAUGGUAUUUUGUUUGAAAGUGCACUGUCUUCUGCCGCACACAGCCGUAGCCUAUCUAUGAGUCGUGACGUCACAAGAUGUCAGUUUAUUCCUACACGUCAACAUGAAAGGUAAGCUACUUAAUGAUCUUAAAUGUUUGUGUGCAGGGUCGUAAAUUAACGUCUCGUGACCACACACGGUCACAGGAUUCAGGUGGCAGAAAACCUAAUCGCAGAGCUUACUUUUAAUAGAAAAAUCAGAUAUUCGGCAAAAACGUAUAGAAUAUCUCAAGAGUAUGUGUCAAUAUAGAAACGAUGAACGCACAGUUAUAUACAUGGAUGAGUCGUACAUAUUGUCGCCUCAUGUAAAAAAUAAAAUGUGGAGUGACAUGUCCUAAAAUGGUUUACUAGUGCCUGUCACGAAGAAUCAAAGAUUAAUAAUGAUUCACGCAGGUGGAGAAAACGGUUUUAUCCUAUAUGCUCUUGCAAUGUGGAAGUCGCACCAGGCAACAGGGGAUUAUCACAAAAACAUGAAUAAAGAUAAUUAUGAAAAAUGGUUCACCGAACAAUUAAUACCAAAUCUUCCACCAAACAGUGUUGUUGUGAUAGAUAAUGCUCCCUAUCACUGACAUCGACACAAGUGUCUCCCCUGCUCAUAAAGUCCGUUAUGCUGCGCCAACCCCUGAUCCUCCCCUGCCCCGUGCAGUGAUAAUGUGUUAUGAGGAACAUACUUUUAUAUUUAAUAAUGUGACAUGUAUAUUAUUUUAUGUAUAAUUUUUUCCGUAAACUUUAGUAAUUAUUAUUAUACGUGUUUCUAAAAUAUUAUGUGAUAUAUUUUACGUUGCUGCCACCGGGCGACGAAGCCGUGGCCAACACCCGGAAUCUCUCCGAGCGCUUCACGUGUCGCGGAGUAGGGGGAGGACGGGCGGAGAGGCAGACGUGGCAUGAGAGGGGGCAAUUGGCAUCUGGCGGCUGGACGAGGCGGUCGCACGGUGAGAUGCAGAGCCAAGAGCACCGACAGAAAUCAUGCAGUCUCGCCACUGAACAAACUGUUGCUGACACUGCGAUUUUAUGCCCUGGGAACAAUGCUAUCCAGUGUUGGCGAUUUUGUAGGUGUCAGUAAAGCAACAGCUUCUAGAAUAAUUAAAGAAGUGACUUUUGGAAUUGCUUCAUUGAGACCUGUAUAUAUUAGGAUGCCAUCGACUGAGCAAGAAAUAAGAAAUGCUCAGACAAAUUUCUACGAAAUGGCCCAGUUUCCAAAAGUAAUUGGUGCUAUUGAUUGCACACAUGUAAGACUUCAGUCCCCAGGUGGUCAAAAUGCUGAGUACUUCAGGAAUAGGAAAGGGUAUUUUUCCUUAAAUGUUCAGACGGUGUCAGAUGCCCACCUGAAAAUCUGUGACAUUGUUGCUCGUUGGCCAGGUGCAACACAUGAUCAGACAGUUUUCAAUAAUUCAAACCUCUGCCAUCAGUUUGAGAAUGGAAACUUUCGCAGUGGAAUUCUGCUUGGAGACAGUGGUUAUGAAAAUAGGGUUUAUUUGUUGACACCUCUUCUUCAUCCAGAAACUCCUGCAGAAAACAGGUACAAUGAAGCACACAUUCGUACACGUAAUGUUGUUGAAAGACAAUAUGGUGUUUUGAAGCGAAGGUUUCCCAUUUUAAGUUUGGGGAUGAGGUUGUCUUUGCCAGUUGCCCAAGCUGUUGUUGUGGCUGUAGCUAUUCUGCACAACAUUGCAUUGGAUGCCGCAGAAGAGCAGCCACCAGACGACCCUGAUCUUGUACAGAAAGUUCCACAAGACCAUCAGUGGAAUGAUGAAGCGGCAGUCAUGGCUGGCAAUGACAUAUUGCGCAGAAAUUUGAUAAAUAAUUUUUUUUUAAAUUUACGUUAAUAUAAGUUGCUGGCAAAUGUUAAAAGCAAGUAGGCCUAUGAUUCGAAAAAAUAAUUUGUGGUUGUUAAUGUAUAUGAUGAAUGUGUAAGAUAAAGAUGCAUGAGAAUAAAAAAAAUUGGUUAAGAUAAUUCAGUAUAGUGUGUACUCAUAUUGUUUCAGGUGCCUUUGUAAGGAGUGAUUUUAAGUUUCUUGUGCCACUAAUAAGUACUUUCUGCAGGAAUAAAAAUACUACCAAUUACAGCAAUAGUUAAAGAUAUAUUUUUAAUAUAAAUGUAAUUUGUACUGGAGACAAAAGAUUUGUGCAUCAAUUUUGAAUUGGAUGUUGCUACAUAUCUGCAUAAUCACACUAAGCAUUUAUUUUUACUUUUUGACAAUCAUUUCAACUUGACAUGUAAAAACUACUUUACUUUUACUUCUAUAACAUAUAUAUUUUAACAACGUUGAAAGAAAUUGUAUUCAAAGAAUACGGUGAAUUAAUGUAGUGAUGCUAGUUUCCUUUCUUCAACAGCCAGCUUAAUUUUUAGCAAUGCUAUUUCCAUUUCGUGCUUCUCUUUUUGAUGGAUUAGAGUCUGCUGUAGUACUUCCUUCUGCAAUUCUACUAAGCUGGUUUUAUGCUCUGCCAAAUCUUCAAAUUUUUUCAUUGUCAUGCUUCCAGAAGACUGCACUUUCUUUGUAUUUCGUCUUCUCCUGUAUGCUAGUUGUGCAUCUCCAAGAUAUUUGCCUAGAAAUAAUGAAAACAUCCUCAUUACUUUAAAAUACAAGAUGCAAAGAAUGUAUUUUUAACAUAAGUGUGCAAUCUGUAAACAAACACUCCAUACAAUCCAUACUAAAAUGUGGUUUUAAUGUAUAAUUUUGUCACAUCACGGGAGCCUUAUGUAUAGGCCUACCACCUAUGUAGCAGCGUGUGUUAUUUACUACUGCUGAGAAAACAAUAUCUCUGUUCCCAGCAUUUUUAUUGGUUAGCAAAAUCAACAAAAAUAUUCUUGGUAAUAAAUUAAUUUAAAAAAAAAAAAUGAAACACUAGCUUGUAACUUUAUGGAUUUUAACUAGUACUAUAUAUAUCCCCACUACCAGAUUUUAUUACAAUACAUCAAUGAACCUCUUUAUUAUUUACUGAAUCUCACUCUCAGCUAACAGAGUGAGCAUAAACGGUAUCUUUUCAAUACAUGUACCAAUAUGCAGUUUGUCCUUGUUCUGCAAUUUGUGACUGUGAGAAGCAAUGAAGCCAACAUUUAUUGAUAAGCAAGUAUGAUUUAUUUUUGUGAUUUCUAAUGAAGAUAACUUUUUAAAUUUCUUUCUUUCUAGGAUAGAACCACAUAUAUUUGUCUGAAAACAUUUACGACUGUUAACAACAAACAAACUUUACCUGUUGAAAUAUCUUUAUGAUACAUUACUUAGGACAGAAAACUGGUACCACAUAGCUAAAGUCUGAUAAGUUACUGGUAGACAGAAAUUGAUAAUUUUAAACAAUUCAAAAAAACAAUAAAAUGCUACUUAUUGGCAAUUUACUCUGUGGAAAAAUACCUUAAUAACUAAUUAAAAACAAUUAAUUUCUAGCUGGCCUUAUGUAAUAAUUUUGUGGUGGGAGUUUGUUAUAUGUGUUAUGCAUAGCAAAGCUACUUCUUUUAGAGACCUAUUAUAUUUCUAUAAACUGAGACUCACAUUUUGUAUGUGCAUUUAUGAAUAUUACAUA